AUGACUAGUAGCUUUGCGAAUAUCCAGCUGUGUCAUUAUGACAACCAAUCUAAGUGUGACAUUUCGCUCGAACCCGAGCUGACGGAAAUCUUUGCUAACAAUCGGGACCCAGAGGAGCUAAAGUAUUACUGGGAAAAAUGGUAUAAUGAGGUAGGGACAACGGCACGCAAACCGUUUGAGAAGUAUGUCGAAUUGAAUAUGAAGGCCGCUCUGCUGAACAAUUUUACUUCCGGUGCUGAAGUAUGGCUGAGUGAGUAUGAGGAUAGUACUAUCGAGCAGCAAGUUGACGAAAUUAUGAGUCAAAUUAGACCACUCUAUGAGCAGCUACAUGCGUACGUUCGUUACAAGCUGGGACAAAACUAUGGCGACAAGGUGGUCUCCCCUACCGGUCCGAUUCCAAUGCAUCUGCUCGGCGAUCUGUGGGCCCAGACAUGGGACAAUAUAGCAGACUUUACAACCCCAUACCCACACAAACAACUUUUCGACGUUACCGACGAGAUGAUCCGCCAGGGAUACACUCCGCUGAAAAUGUUCCAGAUGGGAGAUGACUUUUUCGCUUCUCUGAACAUGACAAGGCUGCCACCAGUUUUUUGGGAGAAGAGCAUUCUGGAAAAGCCCACCGAUGUACAAAAUAUCUGUACUCCCUUUGCAUGGAAUUCCUACAAGACCGAUGACGUACGCAUUAAACAAUGCACCCGUGUGACGAUGGAUCAGCUGUUUGUUGCUCACCACGAGCUCGGCCACACUCAAUAUUUCCUGCAGUACCAACAUCAGCCGGUCAAGUAUCGUCAGGGUGCAAACCCAGGCUUUCACGAAGCUGUCGGGGACGUUAUCGCCCUAUCGGUGUCCACACCGAAGCACUUGAAGAAAGUAGGCCUCCUGAAGCACUACGAUGACGACGAACAGGCCAAGAUUAACCAGUACUACCGCUCUGCAUUAACGAAACUUGUGUUCAUACCGUUCGCCUACACGGUCGACAAAUAUCGUUGGGGUGUCUUUCGGGGUGAGAUCAAACCGACGGAGUACAACUGUAGAUUCUGGCAGCUUCGUUCGCAAUACUCUGGCAUCGAGCCACCGGUUGUGCGCACGGAAGAGGACUUCGAUCCAGCGGCCAAGUAUCACGUUUCGGCUGAUGUGGAAUAUCUUCGCUAUUUCGUGUCGUACAUCAUUCAGUUCCAGUUUCAUCGGGCUGCUUGUUCGUUGGCGGGAGAGUAUGUAAAGGGAGACCCGGAGAAGACACUGAACAACUGCGAUAUUUAUCAAAGUACCGCUGCUGGAAACAAAUUAAAAGAAAUGCUCGCCCUAGGAUCCUCAAAACCGUGGCCGGACGCCAUGGAAAUACUCACCGGUGAGCGGAAAAUGAGUGCAGAUGCCCUGUUGGAAUAUUACGAUCCGUUGUAUAAAUGGCUGCUAGAGGAGAACACACGUUUGGGAGUUCACGUUGGCUGGACAGAUUCAGAGAAGUGUGUUGCUAAUACUGCAGAAGGAUUAUCGAACUCAGGUGAUGUUUCUGGGGAUGGCAAUUAAACUGUUUGGUUUGAAAUCCCACGCAAAUAAAUCGAUCGUAAAUAUGAACAUGCAAA